GAUAUUCACCAUAGAAAAAAAAAAGUACCAAGCAAAACAACAAUGGCGGAUGGUAGUGAGAAAAAUGCAGUGGUGAGCAACAAAAAGGUGAUAUUCAAGGAUUAUGUUUCCGGGUUUCCAAAAGAAUCAGACAUGGCGAUCACUGUCGAGGAGAAUCUAAAACUGAAGGUUGCCGGUGAUUCCAAAGGCAUUCUCGUGAAGAAUCUUUACUUAUCAUGUGAUCCUUAUAUGCGACUUUUGAUGACGAACCGAAGUUCAGAAAUCUUCGGUUCAUACACUCCGGCCGCUCUAAUAACUGGGUUUGGAGUGGGUAAAGUUAUUGAUUCAAGAAACCCAGAAUUCAAGGAAGGAGAUUUGGUUUGGGGAUUAACAGGAUGGGAAGAGUAUUCAUUGCUGAAAUCAAGUGAAGGGCUCUUUAAAAUCCAUCAUACUGAUAUACCCCUUUCCUACUAUAUUGGAAUUCUUGGGAUGCCUGGUUUGACUGCAUAUGGAGGAUCCUAUGAGGUUUGCGCACCAAAGAAAGGGGAAUAUGUGUUAGUGUCAGCUGCAUCUGGUGCUGUUGGACAGCUUGUUGGCCAAUUUGCAAAGCUAAUGGGUUGCUAUGUUGUUGGCAGUGCUGGGACUCAAGACAAGGUUGAAUUAUUGAAGAAUAAAUUUGGGUUUGAUGAAGCUUUCAACUACAAGGAAGAGCCUGAUUUGAAUGCAGCUUUGAAAAGGUAUUUUCCCGAAGGCAUCGACAUCUACUUCGAGAACGUCGGGGGUAAAAUGUUGGAUGCUGUGAUUCUCAACAUGAGAGUCCAUGGUUGCAUUGCCGUCUGCGGAAUGAUCUCACAAUACAACCGUGAUCAACCUGAAGGGGUACACAAUCUAAUGUCGAUUGUUUACAAGAGGAUUCGAAUUGAAGGAUUCGCGACAGUUGAUUACUAUCCACAAUAUUCGAAGUUCUUGGACUUUAUAUUGCCUUACAUUAGAGAAGGGAAGGUAAAGUAUGUGGAAGACAUUGUUGAAGGUUUGGAGAAUGGCCCUGCUGCUAUAAUCGGGCUCUUUAGUGGUCGCAAUGUGGGCAAACAAGUGGUUGUAAUUGCCCCGCAAUGAUUUUAAUAAAGGUUUGUAUUUGAUACAUUGACAAUAUAUAAUUUGAUACAGUGAACUAUAUUUAGACACAUUAUCAAUAAAUUGAUUCAUAAUAUGAAUUUAUGUUAGUUGUUUUUUGUA